AUGGCGCCACGCCCUCGUCCCUCCACUCGGCUUUCGAGUGAAGCGCCCUCCGAGACAUCAGGCUCGACGUCACCGGAACGUGCGGCAGACGAUGAUACCGACUUCUUUAUGGCCCAGGCCAACGACUCAGAGUCGUCGAUCGGGGUUGCUACCUUCCGUGAUCUUCACAUGAGCAACACUCUGUCUGCCCCGUUGCCACCUAUUGGCCGAUUGCCGCCCGAGAUCUUAAUCGCCAUAUUUUCCAAACUCGCGGCGCCCAAGGACAUGCUGAGCAGCAUGUUAGUCUGUCGGAGCUGGGCCGCAAACUGUGUGGGGAUCUUGUGGCAUCGUCCUUCCUGCAAUAAUUGGGACAACCUUAAGAGUGUCGCGUCAUCUGUGGGCAAGCCAGAUAGUUUGUUCGCGUAUGCGGAGUUGAUAAAGCGGCUCAAUCUAUCUGCCCUGACCGAAGAUGUCAGCGAUGGUACCGUGGUGCCUUUCGCGCAAUGCAAGCGCAUCGAAAGGUUGACCCUAACUAAUUGCUCGAAACUCACAGAUAAGGGUGUGUCGGAUUUGGUGGAGGGCAAUCGACAUCUUCAAGCUCUGGAUGUUUCUGACCUUGCAUCGUUGACCGACCACACUCUGUACACCGUUGCACGCAACUGCCCACGACUACAGGGUCUCAACAUCACGGGUUGCUCCAACGUAACGGACGACUCACUCCUGAUUGUCUCGCAAAACUGCCGGCAGAUCAAGAGGCUCAAGUUGAACGGUGUCUCCAAUGUCACCGACCGCUCAAUCCAAUCAUUCGCGGAGAACUGUCCCGCGAUUCUAGAGAUUGACUUGCACGAUUGCAAGUUGGUGACCAGUCCCUCCGUGACUGCACUUCUCACUACCCUGCGCCAUCUUCGAGAGCUACGACUUGCGCAUUGCUUGGAGAUUACCGACUCCGCGUUCCUCAAACUGCCCGAGCGUAUGACUUUCGAUAGCAUGCGGAUUCUCGAUUUGACCGCGUGUGACCAAGUCAAAGACGACGCAAUCGAGCGCAUCAUCAGCGCUGCCCCUCGUUUGCGGAACCUUGUCCUGGCCAAAUGUCGCUUCAUCACCGAUCGCUCUGUGUCAGCCAUCUGCAAGUUGGGUAAAAACCUACACUAUGUUCACCUCGGUCACUGCUCUCAAAUCACCGACAGCGCGGUGAUUCAGUUGAUCAAGACCUGUAAUCGGAUCCGCUACAUUGAUUUGGCCUGCUGCAACCGCUUGACCGACACUAGUGUUCAGCAACUGGCUACUUUGCCCAAACUCCGUCGCAUUGGCUUGGUCAAGUGCCAGUCAAUUACCAAUCAAAGUAUUUUGGCCCUCGCUCAUCCGCCGCGGGCUAGCCACCCGAUGGUGAGCAACUUAGAACGAGUCCAUCUAAGUUAUUGUGUCAACUUGGACAUGCUGGGUAUCCGACCUCUAAUCAACAAUUGCCCGCGUUUGACCCAUCUGAGCUUGACCGGUGUCCCUGCGUUCCUGCGAGAUAAUCUCACGGCAUUCUGUCGAGAAGCCCCACCAGAGUUUACUCCCCAACAAAGAGAGGUGUUCUGCGUCUUCAGUGGUGAGGGUGUAACCCGGCUUCGGGAGUAUUUGAACCGAAAUAUGGGCCCUCACCUCGACGAGACCGAAGCCACGAUGUACGAUGACGACGAGGAACUAGACGAAGACGAUGGCCAUGUGGCUGGCCUCAUGCAUGCAACUGGCAUCAACGACGAGGACUACAUGGACGUACCCCCUCAAUGA